AUACAGCUACUGUAAGAUACAGAAACCCCUGCACUGCGAAACAUUUUAGAUAAAGCUGGCUCCUAGGCUCCCCGCUUUUUGGCGUUAGCCGCUUAGUAGCAGCAAUAUGGUGCGCUUGCGAUAGCAGGAUCAAUCUGCAAGGGCAAAACGAGAUAGGGAGGGCGGCCUUGUGCGUCGUUGCCAGCAGCUCGGAGGAGCAUGCUAUGCGACUGGGCGUGGGGCACGUCGCUUCUAGCGGUCACAUCAUGCGGCGUUGCGUUCUGGUGGACAAUACGGUAUACGCUGCGGGACGCUCGGAGUGCACGGAGCCGGCCAUCCGCUGUAAACAGCAGGCUUUAUUUGGCCCGGCGGACGCAGCUCCAUCAUGCUCGAGGCCUCCGCGCAGCGCAGCUUUGUGCGGGGAUUCUGUAUGCAGCGAUGAUGUCCUAUGCACAUCUGAUUGCCAGUCCCGGUAACCUGAACUCUGCCCAUGUUUUUGGGCUGCUGCUCACGUACCUAAAUGUGGCCACAACCUGCUGGUGCAUGACCAUUGGGCUGGUUCCAUACUUUGAAAAGACGCUAUUGGAGUUCAACCCAAUCGUGUCAGUGGCGUCUGUUGGCAGUUUAGCGCUGUUCCAUCACUUUGUGGGGUCCACCGGUCUCGCCGUCCAGCACAGCUUUCUGAGCAAGAUCUUGGCAUACGACGUGCUAUGGCUGCUGGAGGACUGCCCGGUUCAGGCCUUCCUGCCGCUGCACGUCGCGGCGGUGCUGAUGCACACGAGCUACCACGUGUGCUCGGGCACGGACCUGCACCUGCUUAGCAUGGGGCUGGGCUACGUGGGAUUGGGCGUGGUGCUGCCCGUGGUCGUCUCGGGGCUGCUCCUCCCCAGCAACUCGCAAGUCAAGGUGCCGGGCUCGCUGCACACGGUGCUGUCCGCCAGCGUGGCCGGCUUCCUGCUGGUGGACCAGCUGCUGCGCGCGCCGGCGCUGGUGGAGCCGCUGCAGGACGCGGUGGCGGCGCCGGGCGGGCUGCUGGCGCGCGGCGUGAGCUCGCUGCUGGAGGCGCCGGUGGCGGGGGCGCGGUACGGGUACGGGCUGUCGGAGGCCACCAGCCUGGGGCUGAUGUGGUCGGCGCUGGUGGUGCUGCUGGUGAGCUCGUUCGUGUCGGUGAUCAGCGAUGAGGACCACAGCAGCGCGACACAGGGCGCGGCGCCGUGGACUCUGUUUUCAUUACUAAAGGAGAACUCCGCCACCAGCGCGCUGCUGACGCUGCUGCGCGGCCUGCCUACCGCCAAGAAGUACGUGGUGAUGGUCAUGAUCGCCAUCAGCCUGGCGCAGGGCGUGGGCAUCGUCUCCAUAGCCGGCGGGCUGCUGGUGCAGGGGCCCGAGAGCUUCGUGCGCACCGCGCCCGCCGUGCUGCUGUGCGUCAUGCUGGGCGUGGUGCUGCAGGUGGCGGGCGUGCUGUACGUGCUGGUGCCCGGCGGCGCGGCGGCGGCGGGCGGCCAGGCCGCCGACCGCUCCGGCGCCGGCGCGGCGCACGGCAGCCACCACGGCCACCACGCCGGCGGCAACUCCACCUCCACCGCCACCACCGCGCCCGCCACCACCGCCGCCAGCGACCCGGGCACCGCCAGCCGCUCCACCAGCGUCGGCGGCACCACGCCCCUGUGGGGCAGCAAGAGCAUGCUCACACGCGCCAACGUGGCCGCCCAGGACAUGAUGGUGAGCUCGGAGCCACCCAGCACGGGCCCGGGCACGCUGGGCAUCAACACGGAGACGUUCAGCCUGGUGUCGGGGUUGUCGCGCGGGCCGUCGGAGCGGCUGAGCAGCGCGGACGUGGGCGCGGACGAGAGCUCGCCGGACCUGCGCAGCCGCAUUGAGGCCCUCGCCAACUUCAAGACCUUCAUGCAGGGCCUGGACCAGCAGCCGGGCGUGUACUCGCUGGAGGAGUUCAUCCGCGGCGCGGCGGCGGCCAUGAAGGGCAUAUUCCCGGGCGUGGCACACGCCUCCUUCUGCCUGCUCAACUCCACACGCAACUGCGUCAACAUGUACACCUUCCUAGGGGACGGCAGCCGCAAGCCGCCGCGCAUUAACGUGGCAGUGGCGCCCGGCACCCUGAUCUAUCACGUGUUGCACAACUGCCAGCCGGUGUUUAUUAGCAAUGUGGCGGCGUUCCCCGGGCCGUACGCGGACGUGCAGUUCAUGCGCUUCGUGCUGAGCCUGCGCAGCGUGGCGUGCCUGCCGCUGGUGGUGGCGGGCAGCCGCGUGCUGGGCGUGCUGCGCCUGGGCUUCGAGGAGCAGUGGAACUGGACCGAGCAGGAGAAGAGCAUAGCAAAGCAGCUGGCGCUUGUCCUCAGCAGCACCAGCAGCGGCAUGGGCGCGGGGCCGGGCGGCCUGCACACAGCCGCCAUGGGCGCAGCCGUCGGCGGCGUCCCCGGCGGCGUUUACCCAGACCCGCAGGCCCAGGCCGCGGCAGCGGCGGCGGCUGGCGGCUACCCCGGCGGCGCCGGGCUGGGCGGCGGCGGCGGCGGUAUGGGCGGGGUUGUGAACAGCGCGCCGAACGUGCUGGAGGACGCGGCAUCGUACGGCAUGUCGCAGUCGCUGGCCGCCGUACAGGCGGCGGGCGCGAUGUACGGCAUGGCGGGCGGCGGCGCUGGCGGCGGCGGCAUGUCCAUGCCCAUGGUGCAUGGCGGCGGCGGCGGCGGCCCGGGAAGCGACACCAGUGGCAGCGGCCUGAGUCGCCGCAUGGUCGGCCGCGCGUCCAUGGGCGCCUUGCCGUACCCGGGUGGCGGCGGCGGCAUGUACCCGGCGGGCUUGGGCGGGCCAGGCAGCCUUGGCCAUUUGGGUCUGGGCAGCAACCUCCUCGACAGCGGCGCGUCGGGGGCCACGGUGGCGGCGGGCGGCGGCGGCGUGUCCAUGUUGGGGCCCUCCGGAAAUAGCCGCGCCAGUUACGACUAUAACGCCUACGCCUACGCGGCGGCGCUGGCGGCGGGGCAGGGGCACGGGCAGCCGGGGUUGAUGGGCGGCAUGCCUGGCGGCGGCGGCGGCGGCAUGCUGCCGGGUAUGGCGGGCAUGAUGGGCAACGGCGGCAUGAUGAGUCCCAUGGGUCAAGGGCACGCACACGCGCAGAUGAUGGCGGGUGGUGGCGGCGGCGGCUUCAUGGGCGGCGACCCAAACCUGGCGGCGGCGAUGGCGGCGGCGGCAACGGCGGCGGCGGGCGGCGGCGGCGGCAGCGGGCCUUACCAGUACCCGCCCAGCACGCACAGCAGCGACAUGCACCACGGCGGCGCCGGCGGUGGCUACAACGCGGGGCACGGGCUCAGCAGCAGUGGCUCGGGGCGGCAGAUGGGGUCGGAGCUGGACGAGACCUGGCUGCUGCAGCAGCCGGGGUCCUCUCAGGUGCGGCGUGCGCUGGCGGGCGCGGCGGCGGGCGCGGCGGGCGGCGCGGCGGCCCCGGGCGUGAACGCCGACAUCAAGAUGCUGGAGGUGAUUGGGCGCGGCGGCUUCGGCUCCGUGUACAAGGCCUUUUGGCGCGGCAUGGUGGUGGCGGUCAAGGUGCUGGAGCACGAGGACGAGAUGUUGCCCUGCAGCGGCAACAGCGGCGGCGCCGCCAAGGUGGACACCAGCAGCCGCCGCGCGGCGCUGCUGGAGGGCGCCAUGACCAGCACCAUCAGCCACACACACGUGGUGCAGACGUACGACUACCGCGUGGUGCACCUGGACCCCACCAGCAGCCUCAACGGCAUCACGCGCAGCCGCGUGCUGCACGAGACGCACAUCAUCAUGGAGUUCUGCGACCGCGGCAGCCUGCAGGACGCCAUCGAGCAGGGCGUGUUCGUGGUGGACGGCCAGACGCGCGGCGGCGGCGGCGCAGCCGCAGGAUCCGCCGCCGGCGGCGGCGGCAAGAGCAAGGGCGGCGCUACGGCGCCGGCGGGGGGCGGCGCCGCCUCGGGCACGGGGUCGGGUCCGGGAGGGCAGGCGGCUCCGGGCCGGGCUGGGGCUGGGGCGGAGGCGGAGGUGGACAUGGAGCUGAUCUGCAUGACGUUGGCGGAGGUGAGCUCCGCCAUGGACUAUCUGCACAAGCACCGCAUCACCCACCGCGACCUCAAGCCCAAGAACAUCCUGCUGCGCUCCUCCAACAAGGACCGCCGAGGAUACGUGGCCAAGGUGUCGGACUUCGGCCUGAGCCAGGUCCUGCCGGACACCAACAAGACGCAGGUGUCCACCAAGUACUCGGGCACCGUCACGCACAUGGCGCCCGAGCUCAUAGAGGACGGCAAGGUGUACCAGCAGGGGGACGUUUACGCGUUCGGCAUCAUCAUGUGGGAGAUCUUCACCUCGGCCUCGCCCUACCAGGGCAUGGCGCACCCGCAGAUCAUGGUGGGUGUGGUGACGCACAACCUGCGGCCCAAGUUCCCGGCGCACUGCCCCGAGUGGUACAAGGGGCUGGCCUACCGCUGCUGGCGCAAGGACCCCAAGGCGCGCCCGCCCUUCAACGAGAUCACCAAGUCGCUGCUGGCUCUGGUCACCGACAAGGACUGGAACCCGGCAGACUGAGCUGGCGUACGUACGGCAGGAUGCCUGGCCGUCGGGUGUCGGGUGUUGGGUGUACGGCCCUCUUCCCCAGCGGACUGGGCGCGCCACCCCGAUGGUGGCAACGACUUGGUCUGCAGUCUUCAGUGCAUCCUGUACCGCUUUUCCAAGCAUCCUUGCAACCCUCCAAGGAGGGUGGCAAGGCGGAAUAUGGCGCAGAAGGCAGCGGCGGCGGCAGCUGGAGGCGGCGGGGGCCAGGGGCCUGGGGGAGGUUCAGCGGCGGCGGCGGCGGCUGGAGGCGGCUGGAGGCGGCUGGACGCGGCGGCGGCGGCUGGAGGCGCAUGCGCUCGGCCAAGGGAAGCUGGAGCCGCGACCUGUGCAGCAGGGUGCGAACGAGAAGCCCACGCGUUGGCGCGAUGUGUGGAACGAAAGGCGCGCCAGUGUGCAGCAACGGGUGCGUUAUCGCGGGCGGUGUGGCGGCGUGUGCGCCGUCGCGAGGCCACCGCCGCCGCCAGCCGCCGUCACGCGCUGCCCAGCGGCCGUGAACGUCGUUGACUUUAGUUCGGCUGAUACCGUGUUCUGAUCAAGGCAGCCAUGGCGACAACGGAUGGCGCACAGCGGGGAUCUGUGUAGGUUGGCGGCGGCCGGAGGAAAUGGACGGCGGCAUAACGCAUGCAUGCACAAUAAGGGACGGGGGAGAGGCGCGGCGCGUAAGAGGGAGGGAGGGAGGGCUGCAGGGUUAGAUGAAUUGCACCCCUAGCGCACGCGCAGCAAGGGUGUUGCAAAUCGUGGUGAAUGCGGUGUUUGGGGAUAGGGGCACCAUCAAGAGAGGGGCAGAGGGGCCAGAGGGGGGAAGAACGGGUGCCGCUAGUAUUUAAAGCAGGCGUGAUGGACAGCACCGCUGAAUGCCGCUGAGGAAUCCAUGGCUACAAACUGGUUAGAUCCCGGCCUGCGCGAGAGCCGGCAGGGGACGACGGGUCACGAGGCGUUGGGGCUAAGGGCACUGGGGUAAGGGGCAGAGGUUUUAUAUAAAUGGAGGGCAAAUGGAAUGCUAUUUUAUUACGUAAGAGGCAUCACAAGCGGUGCAGGGUUGAGGCGAUAGGAGAGGAGGAUGCUGCGUGCCUGCGGUAGGCACGGCUUCAGCGCCUAGCAUGCGUGCAAUUGUAUGCAAGCUGGCGCACAGAGACUGAGACUGGUGAACCGUCUGGAAUUGAACUCAAUUACGUAUGACGCCAUGUGGGUUUGGCGGUUGACACGUGGGUUUGGGACCAUGGCAAUGGUGGGUUUUGCGCGCCGGGCGAGGAAUGCCACAUCCACCGGGUGCAUUGGCUAUAAGACAGCCUGCACUGCACUUUCAUUUCAAGGUCUGUGACUUAUUGUGUGCGGUAUGUAUAUGUGUGUUCGUACGUCUUCAAGCGCGCCUUUCUGUGCUCCUGGACAGUGGGCGUGAUGGACGGGUACGGCGACUGCGCAGGCAGCUGUAUACACACGCCACAUGCGUUACUGGUCUUCACGGCGGGCGGGGUGGUGGGCUGGUGUGCGCAAGCCGGCUAGGCUUUAUUCAAUUGUGCACGCAGGCCACCUCCAAAGUUGCAUACAACAGCGGUGGCCUGUGGUGUGCGUGGAACCGCCGGGGCACGAGUGCGCGUAGGCUCACAGGCCGGUCGGCGGCACGCAGGGGCCGUGUGUCGUGGGUUGCCGCUAAAAGGUUUUUUGCGUACGGUCAGCAUGACCGUCCGUUAGGCCGGUGCCGCAUAAAUGGUGUGGUGGGCAGGAAGUCAGUUAAGAGGUGUGGUGUCAUGUCAGCUCGGGUCAUGUGCGGGCUGUACGCUGUCACGUGUGUGGCUGGAGCUAGCAAACAAGGAGGAGGAGCAAACUGCGGUGCGGGUCAGGAUGACAGGAUCGCAGUCCCUGCAAAUCUGCAAUAAAAGCUGAAGGCUUGGGCCUUCGCAUUACAACUCCGUUUUGGUGACGCCAUCCGUUGGGAGUCGCUUGGCGUAGCCCAGGCAGGAAAACAACUGGGGCA